GCGUGACGUCAUAUCCAUGCGACUGUUUAUGCGACGCACCGUCAUGGCGCUGUUUCCAGCUUUUGCAGAAGUAGCGGCGAACAAAGUUGAGGAUUCGUCCAAAGAUUUAGAAUGGCUGAGCAAUAAGAGUUUCCAGACUGGGGAUGCCCUCUCUCUUCACAGUCGCUUUUUAAAUGAGACCAGUGAGAAGCUGAACAAGAGAGAUGCAAGUGUUGACAGAGAGUCCAGCUCUGCAGAGGAGGAGGGAGAAGGCAAUGUCCCAGCCAGAAAGAAGAAAAAGAAGAGUGAAAAGAAGAGGAAAAAGAAGAAAAAGCACAAAAAGAAAAGUGGGAGGCGUUCAGGCAGCAGUGGCUCUGACUCUGAAACCAUCUACCCCAGUGAUCUUAAAAAGGAACAAGAGGCAGAGAGGCACCAGGAUGCUAAGCUAGCAAGUCAUUUCACCUGGUUGGAUGACCUGCAGUCGCCCACAGAGCGACCGUUCUGUGUGGACCGUAAACCAGACCCAGCAAACUGGACGUAUAAGUCCCUGUACAGAGGAGACGUAGCCAGGUACAGGAGGAAAGGCAGCUCGUCUUUGGGUCUGGAUUGUCGCAAACAGGAAGUAAGCUGGGAGAAUACAGAGACGAACAAGAAACAGAAAGGUGGGAGCAGCAAGAAAGGAGCAGACAGAUACUUCUCCACUGUCAGUCGGCAACUGCUGAGGUCUGAGCUCCCUGUUCCAGUAUUACCCAUGAUUCCUGAUUGCAGUCAUUCCUGCAUCACCUCCUUCCUCCCACUGGGUGACAAUGGGGGGGAAAACAAAGGACGAGACCCAGGUACAAGAUGUGACAGAGUGCAGCCGUCAUCAGUAAACCCCCUGGGAGUGUAUGACUCCUCCACGGCCCUCUGGCUGCAGGGGAAAGGACAGCAGGACCAGCAGAAGGUAGACACCCAGACAGGGGAGAGCACUGUGCUUUUGGCUGGGAGGACUGAAGAGUUUAACCGACGACUCAGAGAGCAGCCAGCAGACACACAGCUAUGGAUAGAGUUCAUACGAUACCAGGAUGAGCUGAGUGCAGCAGCGUUUGGAGGCGAGGAGGAGCAACAAAUCGGCGAUUCAACCGAGAGUCGGAAAGCUUCCUACAGAGCAGUCCUGGAGAAAAAGCUGAGCAUCGCCGAGCGUGCCGUGGCCACCAACCCCCUCUGUAUAGCUCUGCAGCUCGAGAGGCUCCGGAUCUGCCAAGAGCUCUGGGAGCCCUCAGCUCUGGCUAAAGAAUGGAAGAAACUGGUGUUCCUCCACCCAAACAGCGCCCCCUUGUGGAGAGAGUAUCUGCUGUUCGCUCAGAGCUACUUCAGCAACUUCACUGUGUCAAAAGUGAACUCUGCUUAUGGCAAGUGUCUGAGCACGCUCAGUGCCGUGCGGGACGGCAGCAUGGUCUCUCAUCCAGCUCUGCCAGGAACAGAGGAGGAAAUGUUGGAUAUCUUCACCCAGCAGUGUCAUUUCCUGCGUCAGUCUGGUCACUCGGAGAAGGCGGUUUCUCUGUUUCAGGCCAUGAUCGACUUUACUUUCUACAAACCUGACAGUGUACGAAAACUGUCCACUAAGCAGCAGGUGGAGUUCUUUGAGCCUUUCUGGGACAGCGGGGAGGCAAGAGUUGGAGAGCUGGGGGCCCGAGGCUGGAAAGCCUGGAUGCUCCAACAAGAACGAGGAGGGUGGCUUCAGCCCAGCGCAGAGGAAGAGGAAGAGGAGGAGGAGGACGAGGAAGAGGUGAAGGACAGGAACCAGCCCAGGUGGACGGUGUGGCUGGAUGUGGAGUCGUCUCGUGAGGCAGCCCACUGGUUGCCCUGGAGACCCGACAAAACCAAGGGCCAGUCAGAAGAGGACUGUGAGGAUCCAGACAGACAGGUGCUGUUUGAUGACAUUGGCCCAUCCCUAAUCUGCUUGUCAUCACCAGAGCUCCAGCUUCGUCUUCUUCUCCAUUUCAUGUCAUUCCUGGGUCUGCCUGUAGACUCUGUGCUCUCUGCUGCCCCCUGUCAGCCGGGCUUGCUUCUAGAGAGCCUUUCUCUCCUCACUCAGGGUAAAGAGCUCCAGCACCCUCUGACCUGCUACGACCUACCUGACCCUGGGGUUAACUCUGUAGGUCACAUGACUACUCUUCAGGGACCUAGAAAAUGGAUGGGUCUGGGGAAGCAGGGCGAGAAGUUUGUCACCAACGUGUUCAGUAUGGUCCGGCCUGUCCUUCCCCCCCACCACCAGGCAUUUCUGUCACUCAGCUGGGUCCAGUAUGAGAAAGUCAAGGUCAUGCGCUGUUUGCAGAGCGGCAAUAAAAAGCGUCUUCGCACUCAGGGCAAGACCAGCAAACGAGUUGCAAAGCAGCUGCUCAAAGAACCAGACAAACGCUCGUCACUGGUGCUGUGGCGGGAGUACGCCCAUCUGGAGUGGAUGCUGGACAACCGGGACGAGGCUCGGAAGGUGUUCUCCACAGCCACAGCGAUGGGGGGAACCAAAGGGCUGAGCAGCCCCGCUCUCUGUGAGCUGUGCCUCCUGUGGUCCCAGCUGGAGGUGGAGGAUGAAGCAAGAGAGCGAGGAGGGAAACUAUCUGAUGUAACGGCAUCUCCAGCUGUUAGUGUACUGACCAGGCUAGCAGAAGGAACGUCUUCAUCUUCACAGGCCCUCUCUCCAGUUUCCAUCCUCAAAGCCAGGAGAUCCUAUGAGCAGGCUCUAGCUGCCAGCCUGUCAGCCCUGGACCAAAACCUCCAGCCCAAAGCACCAGCCCAGGAGGACCUUCUAGGAGAGCCGCUGAGGCUGAGAGGUGUGGUCGGCUGCUAUGCUCUGUUCCAGUACCUCACAGUGAGCAUCCAAGCUGCUAACACAGUUUACAGCCAAGCCAGAGAGAGGAUGGAGGAGCUGUACGGCACACUAACACCUGAAAAGCAGCUGAACAGUAACGACGCUGAAGCAAGCCGCUCCACAGCUGAUUCCAGUCACAGCAGCAGACGCUGCGUCAACAGACUUGCUGCUGAGUGUGAGGCGUUAGCGCUACAACAGGCAGCACUGCUGAGGCACCACAACAGCAUCGGUGUGUUUCCACUGGUGACACUGAGACUAACUCUGACCUCGGCCCUCUCAGCGUGGCCCCGCAGCGCUCCUCUCUGGAGCAUAUAUGUACAGGUGGAGAAGCGUUACCAUAGCGCCGGCCGAGCCCGUCGGUUUUUUCACUCCGUAACCAGGGACACCAGCAGUGUGGUGCCACGCCUCUUUGCUAUUGUUGCUGAACAACAAAGGAAGCAGCUGGUGGAUGCUGCUCAGAGGUCUCGUUGCCAUGAUGAUGUCUUGCCCAUCCUGCCAGAGAACGGCCUCAGCAAUCGUAUCCGUGGACUGUUUGAAGGCGCCAUAGCGACAGUGAUGGGCGCUCACUGUCCUUUAGUCUGGAGGAUGUACAUCCACUUCCUGGUGUCAGAAGGAAAAGUGGAUAAAGCCAAAGGGAUCUUCUACAAGGCCUUACAGAAUGUUCCCUGGGCUAAGGGUUUGUAUAUGGACGCCGUGCAGCUGUUCCCCGAGCAUCUGCAGGAGUUUGUGGAUCUGAUGACGGAGAAAGAGCUCAGACUGAGACUGCCUUUGGAAGAACUGGAUAUACUACUUGAAGACUGAAUGCACACACACCCGAUUCAAAAACUUUAGUUUGCUUUACUGGCAACACGCCAACCCACAUGCCGGAACAUUUGAUGGCAAGAACAAGAUAAUACAGGCAGGAAAUAUAGACUCUAUUUGUAUAAAGAUAUUCAGAAUGUUUUCAUUACCAGAGAAAACCACUUCAACUCUGAUUUAGUACCUGAUAUUGUCAAUAAAUUUAAGAUUUAUCUGUG